AAAACAAAACAAAUAAAUAGAAACGGAGGGAGUAUUUUUAUUACAUUAUUGUAUCUUUUCUUUUAUAAAAGAGAUUUGAUUUACUAUUGGAGUGUGGUGAGAAUAGACAAGUGGGAACUCAACAACCAACAUACGAAAAUUGUCAACAGAUGAAUGGACGAUGGCAAUGCCAUUAAGAACGGUGAAGAUGAGGUUAGCUCAAACUUAGGGGGCAGUGAAAGGAAUGCAGUAUUUUUAUCCAAAAAAAAACUGAAGUUAUUAUUAUCGAAUAAAAAAUAACCCAAACGUUGUUCUUAUUCUGGUGUGUUUCACAAGGGUUAUUAUAAUAUAUAUAUAUAUAUAUAUUUAUAAAUUUUUACUAAACUAAGCCGAACUUGACGGUUCUAAUGUGAAACUAGUAACAGUGAAUACGGUUUUGGGACCCAGUAAGUACAAUCUUUUUCCACAACUUCUUGAGGAAGGAGUUUUUGCUCUACAUAUAUUUCUUUUUCACCUCCGACUUAGAUUUCAGGGGAGCACCUCCAUUGUUCCUUCUUCUCUUAGACGAAAAAUAUUCCCAUGUCAUAGCUGGAAUUAGUCUUGGCUUUUGUUUCCAUCAUCUUGUUGAGUUACUCUUUUUGUUUCUACCCAUGAGCGGCUGUAGCUGCAACGACAUUGUGGGAUACAGAUUCCACCCAACUGAUAAGGAACUGAUCGAUCAUUAUCUAUGGAAUAAGACACUCGACCGUGAUUCUGCUGUCCAAGCUAUUGGUGAAGUCGCCGGUGACCUCUGCGACUGGGAAUCUGGAGAGUUAUGCAGGUUUUCAGAUACAAUGAUGAUGAAACUUGUUAUGAAAAAACUCCAGGGUCAAGAAGACAACCAAAAUUGGCAGCAAGAAGACUUUGGUUUUCUAACAGGGUCCUGUUCCAAAAGAAAAUGGAGCCUUGGUCAGAAAUUUUCGGAUAUUAAUGUUGAUGAGCUACUGACAGACUUGAGAAAGAUAAAUGGCUUCAACAAACUUGGAAAUGAGGUUGCUUCUGCACAAAAAGUAUGAAGCAAGUGUCUUCUACAUCAUUCUUGUACAACUUCACUGAUGAUUUUGAUGGGGUUCAAAAUCAAUCUAGCACCAAUGAACAGAAUGAUGAGUUAUAUCUCGAAUCUUUUACAUUACAAUCACGAGGAACAUGUUCCUUCUUGUAAUGCUGCUUCAUUCUUGUACAAUCUCAGCAUGAUUUUGAUUUCAAAAUCAAUCUAGCACCAAUGAACAGACUGAUGAGUUAUAUCAUGUUUCUCUUACACUAUAAUCUCAGAUGCACAAGGAGCAUGUGACUUCUUGUAAUGCUGUAUCACUUUUGUACUCAGUGAUGAUUUUGAUGGGAUUCAAAAUUAAUGAUGAGUUAUAAAAAGAUGAUGAAUUAUGGAAUAAUAUUUUUACCAAUGAUGAUGAUGCCUACCAUGAUGAAAGAAGCAAUGAACUUUUUGUUGGGAGUGAGAGCUGUGAUUUGUUCUUUGGCAGAAAUUGUCCUAUAGAGAGAGGUCUAGGAAACGACCAUGCAUUGAUGAAGGUGGAUUAAAUGAUGUCAUGGAAGCUGAAGUGUCUCGAGCACGUGUAAAAACACUCUUAAUUAUAGCACAUGGACUCAAGUUGAUUUGACAAAAAUGUGUCAUUUGGGGCAUCAUACAAUGCGAUCAGGUUAUGCAUCACAUAACAUUGUUUCUUGCUCCAAUGACAUCAUUUCAUGGAUUAAAACUUGGUCUGUCCAGCUCAAGUAAGGGUGAAAAGUUUUGCCUCAAAUAGCAUAUGAACUGCAAAGUUGAUUUUAUAGAAGAAUAAUGUUGUCACUUGAGAGCAUUGUAAUGAUCUUAUGCUUGUUUUAGUUGGAGGGACAAGGAAAGAAAUGAGAAAGCAUGGAAUUCUUUCCUCUUUACCGGUCCUUUAAUCUCCCCAUUUCCUCCUACAUGUGUGGCUAAGAAUUCUAAGGUGAGAAUUUUAAAAAUUAUUACGGUACUCUUUUAAAUGUUCUUUUGUAGAUAAACCUUUUGAUGUGCAGUACAACCAUCAAGAACUGUCACUGCCAUGGAUAUGCCCCUAAAGGAAAUCUAACGCAGACCAGAAAAUGAUAGGAGAAGCCAAUGCAAGAAUGAACUUGAAGAUGCAUGAGGUUUGGUCUAUUAACGGUGAUCGGGGCUUCUUCACUUUCAUGUAUAAACCUCCAUUUAGCCAUAAAUUCUAUCUACCAUUAGUGUAUUAUGUUAAUACAGUCCUUGGCAUACUUGUUCUGUAGUAGUAUUUAUUUUUUAAUUGAAUUUAAGUAGAAACUAGGAGGCAAAUGUUACUAAUUUAUAUUUAAUGUACUGUCAAGUGUAUAAAUUUUAUAUAUUAUA